AUGAUUAUUCCCAGCGGCCAGGCUCAGACAUCUUUCUUACCCAAAAACGCCCUAGAGCGUCAGUAUUCAGCGACUGCUUAUCAUGACGGUUCCUUCCCCUCUGUUGUUCCGCUGGUGUUGGCCUACCGUUUACGAAAUCACUUUGUCUCUGUCAGGCCCCUGUUGGAGCACCAUUUGACAGGAUUUAUCCGCUACUCCCAUGUUAAUUACUGCCUGAAUAUGCAACUCCAGGAGCUUUUCCAGAGCUACAACCUCAAGCUGGAGCAGACGUCUACGCUCAAGGCGCUCGCCGUGCUUAUCGUGCUUACCGCCAGCCUUGCCCUGCUCGAGCUGCUCUCCGGCCCCAGCCUGAGCAUCUCCAAGGGCUCGCACCCGGUGCACUGCAUCAUCUUCCUCUCCCUCUUCAUCGUCACCAAUGUCAAGUACCUGCAGGUCACGCAGCUUCAGCAGAUCGUCAAGCUCACCUUGCUUUUCAGCUUCACCUUCUCCUUCCUCUGCUGCCCCUUCUCCCUUGGCGCUUACGGCAUGCAGCCGCCCAGCGCCCCCGAACAGGGCAUGUGGCAGCUCAUGCUGGUUACCUUCGUCUCCUACUCGCUGCUGCCCGUGCGGACCCUGCUCGCCAUCGUUUUCGGCCUUGUCGUCUCCGUUUCCCACCUCAUUGUCACUGCCACGUCUGUCAAUGCCAAGCGGCAGCGGCUCUGGAGGACGCUUGUGGCCAAUGCAAUCCUUUUUGUUAGUGUAAAUUUGUAUGGGAUCUUUGUGAGGAUUUUGACAGAGAGGGCUCAGAGGAAGGCGUUCCUCCAAGCCAGGAACUGCAUCGAGGACCGACUGAGGCUGGAGGAUGAAAAUGAAAAGCAGGAACGUCUCUUGAUGAGUCUUUUGCCCAGGAAUGUUGCAAUGGAAAUGAAGGAAGAUUUCCUGAAACCUCCUGAAAGGAUUUUCCACAAGAUUUACAUUCAAAGACAUGACAAUGUUAGCAUUUUAUUUGCAGAUAUUGUGGGGUUCACUAGUCUGGCAUCACAGUGCACUGCCCAAGAACUGGUAAAGCUGCUGAAUGAACUCUUUGGCAAGUUUGAUGAAUUAGCCACAGAAAACCACUGCAGAAGGAUAAAAAUCCUAGGAGACUGUUAUUACUGUGUAUCCGGACUGACCCAACCCAAAACAGAUCAUGCCCACUGCUGUGUUGAAAUGGGACUGGAUAUGAUUGACACCAUCACAUCUGUUGCAGAAGCCACAGAGGUUGAUCUCAACAUGCGAGUUGGACUGCACACAGGCAGGGUGCUUUGUGGGGUCUUGGGUCUACGGAAAUGGCAAUAUGAUGUCUGGUCAAAUGACGUGACUUUAGCCAAUGUAAUGGAAGCUGGAGGAUUGCCCGGGAAAGUUCACAUAACAAAGACCACCUUAGAGUGCCUAAAUGGGGACUAUGAGGUAGAACCAGGAUAUGGCCAUGAAAGGAAUAGUUUCUUGAAGAAGCAUAAUAUUGAAACAUUUUUUAUUGUGCCAUCCCAUCGGAGGAAGAUAUUCCCUGGACUGAUUCUCUCAGACAUAAAGCCUGCCAAAAGAAUGAAGUUCAAGACAGUUUGCUACCUGCUCGUUCAGCUCAUGCACUGUCGUAAGAUGUUCAAGGCAGAGAUCCCUUUCUCCAAUGUCAUGACAUGCGAGGAUGAUGAUAAGAGGAGAGCAUUAAGGACAGCCUCUGAAAAACUCAGGAAUCGUUCCUCGUUUUCUACAAAUGUUGUAUACAACACCCCAGGAACUCGAGUAAACAGAUAUAUCAGCCGUUUGAUAGAGGCCCGGCAGACUGAAUCGGAGAUGGCUGACUUGAAUUUCAUUACCCUGAAGUAUAAACAAAUUGAACGCGAGAACAAAUAUCAUCAGCUUCAGGAUGAGUAUUUCACCAGUGCUGUAGUUCUCUCACUAAUUCUAGCUGCCUUAUUUGGCUUUGUCUACCUUCUAAUAAUACCACAGAGUACCAUAGUUCUUGUUCUCCUGGUGUUCUGCAUAUGCUUCCUAGUGGCUUGUAUCAUGUACCUACAUGUCACACAAGUACAAUGUUUUCCAGGGUGCUUGACCAUACAAAUUCGUACUAUUUUGUGUAUUUUCAUUGUGAUCUUAAUAUACUCUGUGGCUCAAGGAUGUGUGGUUGGCUGCAUGCCUUGGGUUUGGAACAGCAAUUCCAGCAGUUCCAUCGUUAUCAUUUCUCCUGGCGGAACAAACAAAACUAUGAAUGAACUUCCAUGUGACACAGCCCACUAUGCUUUCCUUUCCUGCGUGGUGGGGACUCUCACCUUGGCAAUAUUUCUACGUGUAUCUUCCCUGCCAAAAAUGAUCCUCCUAGUUUUUGUUACAGUUUUGUACAUAGUUGUUCUGGAGCUCAGCGGUUACAGAAAAGCAGUGGGGGGUGGCUCCUUUUAUAUGCAUGGCUAUGAACCAAUAUUAGCCAUUUUGCUAUUUUCCUGUGCUCUAGCACUGCAUUCCAGGCAGGUGGACUUGAAGCUGCGUCUGGACUACCUCUGGGCUGUGCAGGCAGAAGAAGAGAGAGAUGAUAUGGAGAGAGUUAAACUGGAUAAUAAAAGAAUUCUUUUCAACUUGUUGCCAGCACAUGUUGCACAACAUUUUCUUAUGUCUAAUCCAAGGAAUAUGGACCUUUAUUACCAGUCAUAUUCACAAGUGGGAGUGAUGUUUGCUUCCAUCCCAAAUUUCAAUGAUUUCUACAUCGAACUAGAUGGCAAUAAUAUGGGAGUGGAGUGUUUACGCCUGCUAAAUGAGAUUAUUGCUGAUUUUGAUGAGCUUAUGGACAAAGAAUAUUAUAAGGACAUAGAAAAGAUCAAGACAAUUGGAAGCACAUAUAUGGCAGCUGUGGGACUUGUACCUACUUCGGGAACCAAGGCUAAAAAAUCAAUUUAUGCCCAUCUGAGUACACUGGCAGAUUUUGCAAUAGAGAUGUUUGACGUGCUUGAUGAAAUCAACUAUCAGUCUUACAAUGACUUUGUCCUACGAGUUGGUAUUAAUGUUGGCCCUGUAGUGGCAGGAGUCAUUGGAGCCAGAAGACCGCAAUAUGAUAUCUGGGGGAACACUGUAAAUGUUGCCAGCCGAAUGGAUAGUACUGGAGUUCAGGGGAAAAUUCAGGUGACAGAAGAAGUUCAGCGGAUAUUAAAGAGGUGCAGCUAUGAAUUUGUGUGCCGGGGUAAAGUCAGUGUAAAGGGAAAAGGUGAAAUGUUGACCUAUUUCCUGGAAGGAAAGGCCAAUGGAAAUAAUUCACAAACACGGUCUUUAAACUUAGAGCGGAAAAUGUACCCUUAUGGGAGAGCAAACAUUCAAACAAAGUUGGGAACCAGCUGCCCCUCAGUGUCCUCGGUCGCUGGCUUUCCUACCAAAGCUGGGCUCGAAGCAGCUCAAGCAUCCACUACUCACACAAAUCAAACACUACAUUAUCUUCCUUCAGUGCCAGCUGUGAAGGAGGCAUAGAGUAAAGGCAGUUUGGUUGUGCCAUUUGCAACGAACUUGGAGUUCAGUGGUUGCCUGAAUUUUCACCAAGAGGGCAUAGGCCAUGGCAUUAUCUAAGGACCAAUACAACCCAACCAAAGAGAACUGGGAGACUGUGUAAUGAACUCUUGUGAUGGAACCUAUAAGGGCUAACAAUUCUGUUAGGAAAUGUCAAAACCUGAUUUUCUGGAAAUAAGGAAUAUUUUCUUGGCAUU